AUGUUCUCCUGCGCCAACUACCCCCGCGGAUGCCGUGGCCGUGUGAACAUCUCCGGAGGCAAAUGCCCCGACUGCGUGCAACUGAAACUGCGCCGCCCAGGCUCCUCUUCACCCUUCGCCCAACCACGAGACUACCGCCGCGCACUACCAUCCGAAAUCCUGCAGAACUCGCAAUACAAAGAGAUAACCCGAGAGAUGGUCUAA